AUGGCGGAUGCGGAGACUUCCCGCCUGUGUGUUCAGAUUGUCCGGUCACACUUUGGUCCAUUAGCGGCGAAUGUUGCAUCUGCACUACUCACGCGGGGAAGGCUUUCCCUUGCCCAGCUUAUUCGUUACACGAUGAUGAAACCGCGCACCGUACGCGCAACAAUAUUGGUUCUGGUGCAACAUAAUAUUUUAUGGCAUUCUAACACCGAGGAGGGCGAGAUGCUGGAGUUCCAUACACUAGAGUGUCUUAUGCGCCUUAGAUUUGGUCGUUUCGUGUGGCAAGCGGAGCAAUUGUUUGGACCUCUUGGUGCAGAAAUUGUGCAGUUAAUAUUAGAUCACGGCAAACUUCAUCCGCCAGACAUUAUUUCACGAUUAUCAAUUCACAACUCCAAAAGCUCAAGCCUAUACUCGCAAACGUUAUACAAGCUCAUAUCCGGCGCAUAUCUUAAGCCAUCCACAUUACUCUCACAUCACUCACCUAGGGACAAACGUAUCAAAUACGAAGCAGAAGAGAAAGCUAAAAUAACGGGUUUUCCGACAGCGAAGGAGUUGCGAGAGGCCCAAGAGACUGCGGAGGCGCGACUGAAACGGGAGGAGGAGGAAGCAGAGAACGUGGGCUUGAAGCGGAAGCCGAAAGAUCUAAUCAGUCAUCGGUCAUCCAAGAAAAAAGCAAUAGAAGAAGACAUGGUUGACGAUGGUGUCUACUUUCGGGUGAAUUUUGACAAAUUCAACACCUAUAUUCGUAACAAGCUCAUCGAGAUGGCUGCAGGAGAGCGUUUUAAUCAAAGUGCUGCUCUUGUCAUGCGAGCCACGCUAAAAGCGACUGAAGCCAGGCAAAAGAGUGUAUCCGAUACAAGAUCGGUAAGACGCCAUCCUACAUCGACUGCUGCGAUUGCCGUACUUAUUUCCGAUGACGACGACCUUUCGACUGGUCUCGUCACGUUAACCAAAAAAGCGUCUAGUGCUUCACUAGUCAAGGAUUAUCUCGGUCUAAUGUCCGCCGUAGACAAUCCAACGCCGGCUGGUAAAGCGGCAUCGUUCAUAAGUCUAAUCGACAAUAAAGUAUAUGUUGAGUUUGGGUUAGUUAGCAAACGCCUGCGAAGGCGCGUGCUGGAAGCAGUGGCUCGGGAACGACACGGGGACGACGGCGUGAGGAUAGUACGUCUACUCCUCGAUAUUGGAAAGAUGGAUGAGAAGCAGAUAGCGAAGGUGGCCAUGAUGCCAAACAACGUUGUUCGGCCACUUCUUGCGGCGUUGUCAUCAGACUUUUUGAUCUCAACUCAAGAGGUACCCAGAAGCGCCGAUCGUAACCCCACCCGGACAUUUUAUCUAUGGUACUUGGUGCAUGUUGAUUUACACAAGGCAUAUUCUGCGCUGUUGGGACACCUGUACAAGACGCUGUAUAACAUAGGCAUGCGGCGACAGGCAGAACAAGAGGAGCCGACUGUGAAAGCGGUACUGGCAAAGCGAGCACGGACGGAUGUGGCUCAGGAUGAAACCUUAUUGUCGCGGAUGGAGCGGGACGUGCUUAAGGAGUGGGAGACGAAACAGGAGAAGCUCACUGUCCUGGAGAUGAGGGUGGAAGAAGCCGUAUUUAUUCUUAGGGAUCUUGACAAGGUUGGAAGUCAUGAGGACAUUUGAAUAGGAAAGAUAUAUACUCAUAUAAAGAUGCGGAAGGGCGUCUGUCAUUGCGCAAUGAAGGGCGGCUUUGAAAAGGCUUCAAACUUGAAGCAACUGAGCGCAACACUUCAAAGUUUCAAGCCUGCGGAGAGUGACUGCCGCUACUGUGCCGAGGCGUGACAAGACGUGACCAUACUUUUGCAGAUCAGAGGUGGACCCUGAGUUUUAUCGGGUUUACUCCGACGUCGCACCACAUUAUCCUAAAAAUCAGUAAAAAAAUCAGAUCUAUGUAGAGGAGAUACGAAUACAUGAUGGGAC